CAGCCCCCCCCCCCCCCCCAUACUCCUUCCCUGGGCCUCUGUGUGCAGGGGGUAGCUGGGACCCUGCCCAGAGCUGUGCAGGGCUGAGGAUCAGGGGGAGGGGGCAAUGUGCAGAGGACCCAGGCAUCCGGGCUAGCGCUUCCUCAUUGGAGACUUGGACCAAGGGGGUGACUGCGGGCUGGCAGCUGGUGCUGGGGUGGAACUGAGCCCUUAAAGGACCCAGAAGCAGCUUGAUUCUGGGGUGGAACUAAAGCCUUGAGGAAAUCAGAGGUAGCUGAUUCUGGAGUGGAAACCAGCUUCUUAAAGGACCCAGAGGCAGCUGAUUCUGGGGUGGAACGUGACACCUUGACCAUGGACGGGCUGGAAGCCUCCUGAUUUCCCAGCAUCCUCUUUGUUCGCCACGGAUCUCAGCCAUGGAGAUGAAGCUGACCCCAGCAGGGACCCCCCCGAGCCCCCCGUCGCCAGGGCUGUCGCCAGUGCCACCCCCGGAGAAAGUGGAUGGGUUCUCGCGCCGAUCGCUGCGCCGGACCCGGCCCCGGCGCUCCCACAGUUCCUCCCAGUUCCGCUACCAGAGCUCCCAGCAGGAGCUCACACCCCUGCCCCUGCUCAAGGACGUGGCGGUGUCGGAGCUGCACGAGCUGCUGGGCCGCAAGCUGCAGCAGUGCUGCGUCCUCUUCGACUUCCUGGACCCCGUGGCCGACCUGAAGGGCAAGGAGGUGAAGCGGGCGGCGCUGGCCGAGCUGGUCGAGUGUGUGGCCACGGCCCGUGGCCUCCUCAUCGAGCCCACCUACCCCGAGGCCGUGCGCAUGAUCUCAGUGAACAUCUUCCGGACACUCCCGCCCAGCGAGAACCCCGAGUUCGACCCCGAGGAGGAUGAACCCAACCUGGAGCCAUCCUGGCCCCACCUCCAGCUAGUGUACGAGUUCUUCCUGCGCUUCCUGGAGAGCCCCGACUUCCAGCCCUCGGUGGCCAAGCGCUACGUGGACCAGAAGUUUGUGCUUAUGCUGCUGGAGCUGUUCGACAGCGAGGACCCGCGGGAGCGGGAGUAUCUCAAGACCAUCCUGCACCGUGUCUACGGCAAGUUCCUGGGGCUGCGCGCCUACAUCCGUAAGCAGUGCAACAACAUCUUCCUGCGGUUUAUCUAUGAGACAGAGCACUUUAACGGCGUGGCCGAGCUGCUGGAGAUCCUGGGCAGCAUCAUCAAUGGCUUCGCACUGCCCCUGAAGGCCGAGCACAAGCAGUUCCUGGUUCGGGUCCUGAUUCCCCUGCACUCCGUCAAGGCACUGUCAGUCUUCCACGCCCAGCUGGCCUACUGCGUGGUGCAGUUCUUGGAGAAAGAUGCCACCCUCACGGAGCAUGUGAUUCGGGGGCUGCUGAAAUACUGGCCGAAGACCUGCACCCAGAAAGAGGUGAUGUUUCUGGGGGAGAUCGAGGAGAUCCUGGAUGUCAUUGAGCCCUCGCAGUUUGUCAAGGUGCAGCAGCCGCUCUUCAAGCAGGUUGCCCAAUGCAUCGCCAGCCCCCACUUCCAGGUGGCAGAGCGGGCCCUGUACUUCUGGAACAACGAGUACAUCCUGAGCCUCAUUGAGGACAACUGCCAGGCAGUACUGCCCGCCAUCUUUGGCACCCUCUACCGUGUCUCCAAGGAGCACUGGAACCAGACCAUCGUGUCGCUGGUCUACAACGUGCUCAAGACCUUCAUGGAGAUGAAUGGGAAACUCUUCGAUGAGCUUACGGCCUCCUACAAGCUGGAGAAGCAGCAGGAGCUGAAGAAGGAGAAGGAGCGCCAAGAGCUGUGGCGGCAGCUGGACGAGCUGCGUCUCCGGCGGCUGCGGGGCCUGGAGGAGGCACAAAUGAACCGGCUCAACCUCCAGCACGGCCACAGCCCCAAGACAUAGACCCCCAGCCCCCCUAUUCCCCCAGGGGCACUUAUUGCGCCCCCCAGAAGGGGCUGCAAGG